UAGCACAGCGCACAAACCGGAAUUUAAUAUCAAAGUUCAAUAAAAUUUUAAAUCAACCGCGCCUGUUCUUUGCUCUAGUUGGUUGUUUCUGACAUAACCCAGAAAUAUCAACCAAUAGCAAAUCACCACAUAUACAGCUGGUGCCAUGUCAACAGGAGUACAAAGGUCGAUAAUUUCCAUAAAUAUUUUAUUCAGUAUAGAGAAAAGAGUGAAACUGUAGAGAUUAAAGUAAAUGGUGAUAGUUGUCUAAGUAAAACACAGUAAAUGAGUAAAUAUUGAAUAAUAAUAAUAAUAAUACAGUACAGUGAAAUAACAAGUGUUUACUUUAAAAAUAAAAAGUUGAAAUUUAAAGAAAUAAUCACAAUUGUCAAGCAACAAUGACGACGACAGUGUCAUCAAUAUUGAAAUUUUUGGAAAACGCAGAUAAAAAUUUUGCCAUGGAUACAGAUUCAGACAUUCCAAAAACCAAAAAGAGAAAAUUGGACCAUUUGACAUGGGAAGAAAAAUUACAAAGGAAGAAAUUAAAGAAUCGUGUAGCAGCCCAAACUUCCCGAGAUAGGAAAAAAGCCAAGAUGGAACAGAUGGAGCAGGCUCUCCAGCAGCUCUUUGUGAAAAACGAGUCCCUAUUAGUCGAAUGUAAAAACCUCAAGCUCGCCAACCAGAAGCUCCAACAAGAAAACACAGAACUGUACAAUCGUCUGCAGGCCCCUUGUCUGUCAUGUGCCCAAGCUCAAAACCGUUCUGUCGGGUGUGAGUCCCUAAAUGGAUCCACAGCGUCCCUCCUUCUGCCGAAAGGAAGAGUCACACACCCAGCAGCGGCUUUGAGCAAACAGCAGACAAUGGUCUUGUUGAAAAUCGUACUGCUGCCUUCUUUACCGGACCUCCUUGAUGAACUCGAGGCAGACGUCGACCUUAACUCGUUGGAACAACUCACUCAGAGCCUCCUUGAAGAUAUCGCCAGAGACUUGGAAGCUACUGCUCAGAAAACAAGUAAUGAAGAAUCAGGAAGUAAUGGAAGUAGCUAUGGAGAAAUGGUGGGGACGACAUCAACAGAGUUGGAAUCCAGUGGGUGCACAACCAAUACGAAGUCGCUAGAAAGCGACAUCUCGGAGUAUUUGCUGCUUCACCACAACUAUGCUGCUAAACCCCCAUUAGACGACACAUUAAAAACCAAGAGCCCAAUUAAUAGAAACAGAAAAUUGAAAACCAUCAAACCAAAACGCAAGAUUGUCACUACAAAACCUGUUGUACCUGAAAGUGAUGUGGUUUAUGGAACACUUGAUGAAGUUAGCAAUGUUGUCACGAUAAUAGUGGACAGUAAUGGAGUACCAAUGACAGAAGAAGCGUUACAAAGGUUAGAAAACAGAGAGGAGGAAACCCAACUCACUGUUCCCUUACCUCCUGUAACACAAGGUGAAUUGGUUACUCCGUUACCAGUUGCAGAAUCAAACAGAUCUACUUCAUCAUAUGUUGCAGAAUCACACCUCACUGUUCCAACAGCCAUGCUAGAAUGUUUGUCUCCAAUGUCCUGCAGUGACUCUGAUCGAGGAUAUGAAUCAUUAGAUUCUCCGAUUAGUUUACCUGAAGAUCUUUGGGACCAAAGUAUAUCAGAGCUAUUUCCAUCUUUACUCUAGGUUUAAACCUAACAUCGUGUACAGUUUAAUUUAAAUUAGGUUACUUAAUUUAUUUUUUACUUAAAGAGUGAUUUUUAUAUAUAUUUGUUAUAUUGUGUAUAUUUUGUAAAUUUAGGUAAUAAAGUUGUGGAUGUAGCAGAUCUAAAAAA